AUGAAAGUGAAACUACACUUAGUGCCACCAAGAGAAUUACAUUACUGUUGGAAAACAAAUAUACAAAAAAUUAAUCACUUUCAACAGAAGGCAGAACCUAAUGAAGAUGAACGAUUAAGUGAUGUCUUAUCAUUUAUUCCAGACAAUGGUUUAUUUAUCUAUAUUAAAAUUGGAAUUAAUGGAUUUGGUCUUCUUGGUCAGCAUAUACUUCGAUGUGCACUUCAGAAAGGUAUUCAAGUAGUCGCUUUUAAUGGUUAG